GGCUCAGCUAUGUGUUUGAGGUGGCAGAACUGCUUCAUUCUGCUUUCAGCAGAGCAGCAAGAAUUGAACUAGCUUUCCUUCAUCACUUUACUGGUCCAUCUGGACUUAGAGGGGAUUGCCAAAAUAGCAGAGUUUGUGAAAGGUGCCAUAAUCCUCCUCUGACAACCCCUGUGAUCCUUCAGCAGCCCAGGAAGGCAACAUGAUUUAAUCUGCAGACGAUCUCUCUUAUUAGAUCCUCAGCAAUGUCUGUGCCGCUGCCUGGCUGGCUGGCUCAGCGUAUCCUGUGGGGAAUUUGUAGCAUCCAGCCGCUGGCAUCUUCUCCUGGCGGAAGCUCAACCAUUUGAAAAGAAGGGGAGGAAAAAAAAAAAAAACACACACACACCACGAUCAGGAGGCUUGCACAUGCUGUUCUCUGCCUCCUCGCCUGGGUGUUUUGCUGAAGGACUGGGACAUCUGCACAGAAGGGAGAGAAGCAGCUGCUGCAGCUUGCCCUGUUGGGGGCUGAAGUUCCUUCAGUGCUUCGGGGGUUUGAGUGUGGAGAGGCGAGCAGUGAGGAGAGGCUCGCACUGCCCAGAGCAUACACAAACGGACUUGAUUAAAAUAUUUCCAGCCUAAUGGCCUCCGGCAUAAACAAGCUGCAUCAGCCCGGGACUUGCAAUGGAUCUAAAGCCCUUCGCAGCAGCCCAGCAGAAGGAUGCAAUAAGGAAAUUCACGUGAAAAUGUGCAAGAAGAUUGCCCAGCUCACCAAGGUGAUAUAUGCCCUGAACACUAAGAAUGAUGAACAGGAGGCUAGUAUACAGGCUCUGAGAGAUGCUCAUGAAGAAGAAAUUCAACACAUUCUUGCUGAGACAAGGGAAACAAUUCUCCAGUAUAAAAGCAAAGCUGAAGAAGAACAAUUGCUGAGAAAACAUAUUCAAGCUCUUGAAAUUGCAGUAGAACAACAUAAGAGACUAAAGGAAGAAGCCUUGGCAGAGUUAACGUUGUGCAAGCAGCAGGUGGAAGGGAGGGAACUGAGGACAGAAGUACAACAGGCACAGAUGGUCCAUUCCACAGACACAGUAGAUACUAAUGCAGACUUUGAAAACAAACUUUUACAUUUAAAUCGUGAGUCUGAAGGACUGAUGAAUGAAUGCAAAGCAUCUAGUAGACAAAACUUAGAUAGAAAAGAAAUUUUAGAUGAAAAAUACAAUGUGGAAGGACAAGCUGUAGUAAAUGAGAUGGAAAACCUGAAGAGUGAGAACCAGAGAGCAAUUAAAGAAUAUACGCAGAAAACAAGCCACCUGCAAGCCACCUGUGAGAGAGAAAAAGAGACUUUGAAAAAGUCUAUGCGGCAAUCCACGGCAGAAACAAAGAAUUGUCAGCAAGGAGAAAUGGAGCAAAGGAAGAGCUCAGAGGCUAAGGAGGUUUUUUUGCUGCAGCAAGUAAAGAAGCUGGAGGCAGACCUAGAGGAGAAAAGCCAGAAGAUAAAUGAGAGAAAGAAGCAUUCCCAGAAGCUGAAAGAGAGAAUACAGGAGCUCCAGACACAGCUAGAGGAAUUUAAAAGAAACUCUGAGCAUGAAAUAAAGCAACUAGAGAAAGAGAAAGAAGCCCUAACUGUGAAACUUCAAAACUCUUCACUUGAAGUGGCUCAGCUGAAGCAAAUAUUAGACCAACAAGCAAAUAAUUUCAAGGAGUCACUGAAGAAGCAUAAUCUACAGUCCAACAAAGAAAAAGAGAAGCUUUUGCAGGAUCUUCAAAGCACCAUUAAAGAAAACCAGAAUGUUAAACUGCAACUGGAGGCAUCACAUCAAAAAGUCUUAAAAAUGUUGGAGAAAAGCAAAAGACAGGAACUCAAGGAGGCAGAAGAACGUUUGAAAAAGGAAUUUAAUGAGACUUUCAAGAUCCAACAUCAGUCUCAUAGGCUGGAAAUGCAAACCUUGGAAGAGAAAGCAAAGAAAGAAUUACAUGAUGAACUCGAGCAGAUACAGAAACAGCAAACUCUAUUGCUAGUCUGGUUGUUACUAGGAUCUCUAAGGAUGGAACUUUCUGAGCAGCAGACAUCGUGCACUAAUCUCAAAAAACAAAUAGAAGAGCUCCAAAUGGAGCUGAAGAGUGUGAGGACACUGAAGAAGCAACAGGAAGGAAGUAGCCAGAGCCAGAUCAGAUCUCUUCACGAUGAACUGGAAAAAUGCCAGAGUGAAAUUUCUGAGCUCAAGAAAGAGAAUUUACUUUUGAAGGACACAAUGGAACUACUCAGUGCUGAGUUGGAGUCACAGAAGCAAGAAGCUGCACAGCUUCAGGACAGGGAGAAACAACUCAAAAGACUUAAAGAAUUAGAAGAAAAGACAAGAAAGCAGGAGUCCAGACCAGAAGACGUACAACUCAUAAGCUGUCUGCAAGAUAAAUUAAGUGAGAAAGAAGAGAUUAUUAAGCAGCUGGUGGAAGGAAGAAAAUUUCACCAUUCACUGUUAGCCAACACUGAAUCUUACAGGAAUCGAUCAUUUUCUUUCAACCCUAAUCAAGGAUGCUUGACUCCUUCUACAAAGCAGAAGAGACCGGUGGAGGUGCCCAGCCGUGUUGUCAGUGUUCCAAAUUUAGCUUCCUAUGCAAAGAGCCUUUUGAGCUGUGACUUGAGAUCAAAAAGAAGUGCUCCCCAAAUAACAAAAUCUACAAGCUUAGACCGGAGUCCUGGCUGCCUCAGAGUGGGCUCUCCACCAGCACAGACCUCUGACAGCAGUGCUGCCACAAGGACACACGGCAAUGAACCACCACAAACUAAAGAUGGCCAAACCCAAGACCCUCAGCAUCAAGAAUGGUUUACUAAAUAUUUUUCAUUUUAAAGCAAAUUUACUUACUCCUCAGAAUUACUAGAAAAGCUGUUUCUGUUUUCUCUUAGAGAAUGAUAAGGUGAUGUAUGAUUUAAGAAAAAAAAAAAAUGAUUUCCAAGUAAAUAAUUAGGGAAAACUAUGUUUAUAUCUAAUCACAAUGAAAUUACAGGCAUGGGUUUCAGUAAAAUGCUUUUUUUUUGUUUGUUUAUUUUUUAACAAUCUCUGUGACAGAAUGAAGAAAAAAAUAUACAUUUUAUUACAUGAAGAGACUUUUUGUUCAGGAGAAUGUACCACUCCACAAUUACAUGAAAUAUGCAAUUUGUUUUCUGAGAUGUCCUGUCAGACAGACUCCAACUGAAGACGUUUCUUACGUGCUUCCUGUAGGUUAUAUACUUGCUUCAUCAGCUGCUUAACAUCAUUUCUGCAUAUAGUAAGGCAAUUUUAUAUAUUUUCUUUUAUUAUUAUUUUUUUUUAUGCUGUACAGCAUGUGACAUACAUCCAAGAGUAGCAUGCUUAUAGCCAUCUGUUUUAGAAACGCUUUCUGGUUUGCUUAAUAAACCAUUUUGUAUAGUAUUGCCACGUAUUCCUGGUGCACUUCAACACAUGUAAUGACCAAUCAGCCUAAUAAAUCAGGAUAAUAUGUAAGUAUGGACAUUGAAGCUUGCUUGUAAACCAUUGAUUUCCAUGUUUUGAAAUGGUGCUGUUAUGGUAACAUGUGAGUCAGACUGAUACUGAUACACUCAGAG